AUGGAUCGCUUCAACAAAAGCUUUCUUCUGCUUCUAUUGCUUCUUCUUUUAGAUUCUCCAAUAAAAUGCCACACUUGGGGAUGGUUCUCUUCUUCUUCUUCUUCUUCUGGAGAAUACACAAACCCUUCUUCCUCUCGAUCUAUCAAAUCCAAUGCUGAGUUCUCCAUAGAAGUGUUCAGCGACCAGAAGGCUGUUCAAGUCCUUGAAGACGCUAAGAACAAACUUGUAGGUCCAAACAGCUGCUGGCAAAAGGCAUAUGGUUACCUCUUAAGUGGUUGCAAAGAUAUGGUUGCUACAGAAGAACAGAGGAAGAGAUUUGCUUGGCAUCUGAGCGAUUGCUUUCAGAAGGAAUCAGGAAGGCCAGAUUUUCCCACAUGUAAUGAUAAACAAACAAUGAUGAGCUGUCUCAAGAAGCUUGAUGAUCAUGAGCAUAAGAUCUAUCUUGAGUUCAUGCUUGAGACCAAUACCAUCUGCCAACAACUACAGAAUCAUGCACUCAAGAAUGAGAUAGAGAGACUUGUGAAUGAUUUAAAGAGAUCAGCACAAAACACUGAAGAGAAACUUGAUAUCUUAGAGAGUAAAUCAGAUGAUAUACUGCAGAGCACCAGCAAGAUUCAUGAAUCUGUUGGGUCAAUAGAUGUUGUGGUUAAAAACGUGGCUCACACGACAAACACAAUAGGAACUCAGAUGAGUGGUGUGUCACAACAAACAAAAGACAUCUAUCAAGAACAAAAGAGCAUCACUGAGUCACAAUUAGCGUUAAGGGAAGGCCAAGAGAAGAUGGGAGAAGCCAUGAAAGUUGGAAUGGAGAUGUUCACUGAAUCUGUCACUGACGUCAAGGAAGGUGUAGAUAAGUUGAAGAAUGACACAAAGCAGAUCGGUGGGAAGAUAAAUCUACUUGGAGAAAAGAUGACAGAGAAGAUGACUGCCUUGGAGAAUCAAACCAGUAUCAUCGGAACAAUGACUAACAAUACGUUGGAUAAACAGCAGAAGCUCUUGGAAGGACAAUCUGUGGCUAUUGAUAGUAUACAGUCUCUUAACCAGUUUCAGAGCGAGGCACUGCAAGAGAGUAGGAGUACACUGCAACGUUUUGCGGAGUUUAGUCAGGAGCAACAGGAAGAUCUUGCGAAGAGGCAAGAACAGCUUCAAAAGGUUCAUGAUCACCUGUUUGAGAAUUCAAAAUCAAUGUUGGCAGCACAGGAAGCGUUUGAGGCUAAACAAGCAAGCAUGUUUGUGGCGUUGGAUAAGCUGUUUGCUUUGCACAAUGCGAUGCUUUUAGAGUCUAGGGUGUUAAAAGCUUUCUUCAUCUACUUCUUGUCCAUCUUUGUGAUCUACAUGUUCACAAGUACAAAGCAAACUUAUACCAUAAGGCCAAGGCUUUACAUUGGUUUGUGCGUUACCUUAGCAUUAGAAGUGGCAAGUUUACGUUAUGUGAAUGAUGCAGAACACAGAGCAUGGGUUAUAAACGUUCUCAGGUCUUUAUUCGCGGUUCUUGCUUCAGCUCAGCUUCUUCAUGCUGCUUUUACAUACAGGGACUAUGAAGUACUAAACCACAACAUUCUCUUGAGAUUAGUUGAUAAAGUUAACAGCAUGCAAAGCAAAAGAGAGAUCUCGUGGGAUGAAGAUACUGAUAGCGAGGUUGAUUGGAAUUCUUGGAUUGAUACAGAUAUAACUGAUGAUGAUGACAGUCUUGUAGAUCCUGAUUACAGAAUCCCAGAACAGAUCAAGGACAAUAUGGGUUUCACUUCAUCAGUCACGAAAAGAUUAUACAAUCUCCGUCCACGAUAA